AUGAAGCAAGUCCGACUUCUUCUUGCUGUGGAGGCCGUUGAUACCACCUCCGAAGAUAUUCAUCACCGGACUCCGCUUUGGUGGGCGGCAGCAGGAGGACAUGAAGCGAUAGUCCAGCUCCUCCUCGAUGUGGAUGGAAUCGAUCCCAAUUCAAGUGAUUCGUGCAACCGGACGCCGCUGUCAAUUGCAGCGGCUCGCGGCUAUGAGGCUGUAGUCUGA